AUGGCUGCAAAGCUUACUGAAGCUCUUCUUCUAUACCUUCUCUACUUAAUACUCAGUGUUUCUGAUAGCCUUCCUAUCUAUGGCUGCAAAGAAGGAGAAAGAAAAGCACUUCUUAAUUUCAAAGAAGGGCUUAAAGAUCCUGGUGGACGGUUAUCGUCUUGGAUCGGCCAAGACUGCUGCAUCUGGAGAGGAGUUCAAUGUGGUGACCAAACAGGGCAAGUUGUGCAACUUGAUCUGGGGAACAAGAUCCCUCUUCAUGACAUGUUUCAAUAUGGCAGACGUUCUCAGCCAUUGAAAGGUGAUCAUAUUAACCCUUUGCUUGGCUUAAAACACUUGCAAUACUUGGACCUCAGCAUGAACAUCUUUGGAGGUUUUAGUGGUGUAGUUCCUCAUCAGCUUAGCAAACUCUCAAGUUUGCGUUAUCUUGAUCUAUCCAGUGUAUCCAAUUUGCCUUGCAACCAUCUCCAUUUAGCUAGAAAAAUAAACUUAUCAAACUGCAUUCUUGAGCUUCCUUUUUCUCUUGCACAUGUUAACUUUACAAAAAUACAAAUUCUUGAUCUUUCUGGUAACAAUGUUCAUUCUGUAGUCCCACCUUGGUUGUUCAAGUUAAGCAGCCUUGAGAGUCUAGAUUUGAGUGUCAAUGCUUUCAAAGAGCUUAUUCCUAGUGCCAUUGGAAAUUUAACAUCUCUUAAAUUCCUCAACCUUGCAAGGAAUAGUGUCCUAGAAGGUGGAGUGCCACUGAGCUUAAGAAACCUCUGCAUGUUGAACUCAUUGGAUCUUUCAGCAAAUAAAUAUCUGCAUGGUGAUUUGAAUGAACUUGGAGAUGUGUUUUCAGGUUGCCUUAAAGAUAGUUUGGAGAUACUGAGUUGGCUUGGACUUCAUUCUUUGAUAAAAUUGGAUAUUUCUCGCAAUACAUUGAAUGGAAGUGUCCCGGUAAACUUGGGUCAACUAUAUCCAAAACUUGAGUUUUUGGAUUUUGCUUAUAAUAAUUUGACAGGUGUUCUGACUGAAGCUCACUUUGUUGGUCUGACAAAGCUUCAACAUCUUGGCUUUUCUGCCAAUGAAUUCAAGGUUGAUCUUGGUUCACAAUGGUUGCACAAUCUCUCUGCUGCUCUUUUUCCUAAUGCUGGAAUCUCAGACGCUUUGCCGGACUGGUUUUGGAACUUCUCAGCAAAUCUUCAACUUGUGGAUUUAUCACAUAAUGAUAUCAAAGGACCAGUGCCACAAUUUCCAGGAAAUUUAGCGUACUUGCUUCUGUUUUCAAACAAGAUAACUGGAAAGAUCCCAGAGACCUUAUGUGAUCUGAAGAAGUUGUUAGCUCUUGAUCUCUCCAAAAAUCAACUUAUUGGUGAAAUUCCCAAUUGCUGGAAUCACUCUUUUAAACAAAGCUUGUCCACAUUCGAUUUAGCAUUGACAACUCUUGAUCUUGGCCAGAAUAAGUUAAGUGGAAGAAUACCUACUUGGCUUCCACAGAGCUUAUUGAACUUGGAUGUCCUUAGACUCCGAUUUAACAUGCUUGUUGGAGAUAUUCCUCCUGAGUUGGGUAACCUUACCAAGCUUCGUGUCAUAGACUUUGCAUAUAAUCUUCUGUCAGGAACCAUACCAUAUAGUCUUGCCAACCUUAGAGCCAUGAAGUUUGAUCCCACAAUAUUUUAUAACAUUAAGGUUGAACUUGAGAUAUAUGACAAAAUCUCCUUUGACUAUGUUGACAACAUGGAAAUUCUUUACAUGGUUGAAUCUCAGAAAAAGAUGGGCAUGUUAUUGAGGUUAGAAUCUCUUGAUUUAUCGAAUAAUAUACUUUCAGGGGAAAUUCCAACAACAAUGAUCAUGCUAUCUUUCUUAAGUCAUCUAAAUCUAUCAUAUAACAACUUAUCUGGAAGAAUUCCAUACGGUGGGAAGUUUCUCUCACUCCCAGAUCCUUCUAUAUAUUUUGGCAACCCUGCACUUUGUGGUUUUCCAUUGGAUAACAACUGUGAAAAUAUUGAUAGAUCAUUUGGUGAAGGGUACCCUAAAGAUGAAGAUGAGGCAGAGAAGAUAGGGUUCUAUGUGAGCAUUUCCUUGAGAUACAUUCUUGGGUUUUUGAUUCUUUGGGGUCUGUUGCUGCUCAACAAGAAAUGGGGAUUCGCAUAUUUUCAAUUUGUUGACUGUCUUCAAUAUACUAUUUGGGAUUGUCUUUGA